AUGACAACUCAAAGUAGGAUCUCACACCACUGGUGGCGGCGCUCCAUGAAGGCGUUAAUAGCCAUCUCCACGAUCAUCAUGCUCUACAUGGCGUCUGGUCGGCUGGCUCGUGAGGCCUCCCCUUGGGCCUACCCGUCCUUCAGCGCCGACCACUGUUCCGACAACCUUCUGGGAAGGCGGCUGUUUGCCGGUUCGUGUCCUCAUGAGCCGAUCGACGCCGUCUACACCUGGGUCAACGGCUCGGACCCGGAGUUUCGGCGGCAGCUGUCGGAGACGUUGGUCCACCUGGGGCACCCGCCGGCCAACGAAUCGGUUAACGACAGCAGGUUUGCUGACAACGAAGAACUGCGAUACUCUCUUCGAUCUCUGGAGCAGCACGCGCCGUGGGUGCGACGCGUUUACCUGGUCACCAACGGACAGGUACCCGCCUGGCUGGACCUGGACAACCCACGCAUCACCGUCGUCACGCAUGAGGAGAUAUUCCCCAACAAGUCGCACCUGCCCACCUUCUCCAGUUCAGCGAUCGAGUCUCAUCUGCAUCGCAUCAAAGGCCUCUCAGAACACUUCCUCUUCUUCAACGACGACUUUUUCCUCGGCCAGCCAGUGGUCCUGGAGGAUUUCGUGUCUCCCAGAGGCGAGUACCUCACCUUCUUAUGGCCGUCGCGGGGAGGCGCCUUCAACCAGUCGUCCGCCCACUCAUGUAGCCUCACACACGUGGACCGUCUCUUCACGCAGCGUUACGGACCCGAGGAGCGCCGCGCCGCUGCACACGUACCGCUCCUCCUGAAGCGCUCGAUCGUCGCAGAGUUGCAGACGACGUUUGCAGCCGAGUACGAACAUACCUCCGCGGCGCACGUGCGCACCAACGACUACAUGCAAACGAGCUUCACGUAUUCCUACUUUCUGCGCUCAGAGCGGCAUCGGGUGUCGUCAGGCAGAUUGUUCGAGAUGUUUGACACAGACCGCUCCGGCACCUUGUCUGAGCGCGAGCUUCUCUCGGUGAUGAGUGGUCUUCUAGGACGCUCCUACUCCGUGCGUGAUGCCCGCCUGCUCUGGGACGAGUUGAGGAGGUGUGCCGCGGCUGGCGAUACGCCCACAGACAGCAGCGCCGAGCUGAACCGGUCAGCCGUGCUUGGCUGCACGACGGCCACCACUCGCCUGUCGCAGCGCAUUGGCGAGCGUCGGUACCGCACCCGCGACGGCGCGCGCAGUGCCUGGUUCUACCUGAAAGUACCGUCCCGGCCACAAGUCGUCAAGAGGCGUUUCACUGAAGUUCUAGCCAAUCCACGCCGAUUCAUAUGUUUAAACAACAACUUUUCUGACAGCACAGCGGGGCGGAUCAAGUUCGUGCGCGAUAUGCUGGGGCAACUGCUCGAGAGACUCUUUCCCUGGCCUUCCCAGUUCGAGCUGACGUCGAACCGACGGUAAUAUGUGUUACUAGCUGGUGCUGCUUGGCUGGUGUCAGAAAUAACUGUUUUUUAUGUUUGGUAUUGAUGUGAUCAAGACCCGUGCCCCCCCCCCCCCCAAUAUCAUUUUAAGGAGAAAAAUAUAUGCACGAAUUUGA